AUGGUAAUAGAGUGCCAGAACCAGGAAACUGCAGACUGGCUGAAAGGAAUUGUUCCGAGUAUCAAGCCAUGGGAAACAGCUGAUCUGAUGGUUGUUGAUAGUGAAUCUAUCCCGAGACCAAAAAUUUUAGCUGUCUUCUUUCCCAAAAGUGAGAAAAACGACAAUGAAACCAUAUUGGCUCUGGUUGAAGGCCAUAACGACAUUGCCACUGAUUCUUGGAGGGUGUUAAAGCGCAAGCCCAUCAAGAAUCAUGUGCAGCUUAUCCUGUCAGUAGACGAAGCGUCAGCGAAAAAAAUCGCUGAUUGGAACUACAAACUGAAUUAUAAAUUCGGAAUUAUAUACCCGCGGAAAAUCAGGGCUGGUCGAAAUUUCAAAAGCGCCAGGCCUGAAUCCACAAAUAAUGCUGUAAUCGCCGAAAAAGUUCUGCCUUCACUACCGAGUGAUAGCAAAAACCGGUGUAAACAGCCUGUUCAAGGGAGCACACCUGAGGGAGAGCAAAACAAGCACUCAAUGGUACCCUUGAAUAAUCACCGUACGCAGGGGGAGCGAAAGAAGCCCCCGGGAGCAAAGCUGUACCGAGAUGGACGACAAGAACAUUAA